GGAAUUGUAUCACGUGCUUACCAACCACCAGUAAAGACUGUGCCGGUACGCGGAGAGAUACAAAAGACGGAAAAGGGGGGUUCAUCCUGACGUGUCUGAUUUCGUGGAAACAUUGGAAAGAUUUUUGACCAUUUAGAUUUUAUCGAAAAAGCUUAUAUCAUAAUGUCUUGGAACACCUAUGUUGACGUCGAAAUUUGCUCUCGUAUUCGGUGUAGGAUAGCCGUAAUUGCAGGACACGAUGGGGGUGUAUGGGCUUCGCAUGGACAACCUACAUCACAAGCUGAAUUAAAAAUAAUUGCUGACCAAAUGAAGACCAAUCCUGCUGUAUUCCAAGAAAAAGGCAUUUUUGUUGGAGGAGACAGGUACAUCUGUUUGCAUGCUGAAGAAGAUCUUGUAAGAGGAAGGAAAGGUGGUUCAGCACUAUGUAUUGUGAAAACUGGAAGAAGUAUUAUUGUAGCUGCCGCUGAAGACGGUGAAUCUCCUGGUAAACUGAAUGUUGUAGUAGAAAAGUUGGGGGAAUAUCUUAAUAGUGCAGGAUGUUAGGUGUAAGAUUGGCUGAUGUUAAACGGGCGUUCCACUUCCCAGGAUGGAUUAUUUCAGGAGCUUGAAUGUUUAAGUGAUUUGUUAUAUAACAUUUGAUUCCAAGAAACAGUUUUUGUAUUUUAUAAUUAUUUUUCUGGGCACAGUGAUUUAUUUCUUUGUAUUGAUAAUUUUGUUGCAAAGCUUACUGUGUUGUCUUAGAGGGGGGGUGGGGGUGGAGAGAAUGUAAAGACCUGAACUAUAAGCAAUUAUGAAAAAUGGGUAUUGAGCUAGUCAUGUUAGCAGUGUUAAAGAAAGGAAUUCAGUAAGAAGGAAGUGGAAUAAAUUUUAUAUGCAUAUUCUUUUUCUUUUCUUUUUUAAUCACUUAAGGGGAAGAAGUUUAAAGUCCUCCAUUGUAAACUGUGGGAUGGGUGAAAAGGGAUAUAGGUUUAGUAAUUCAAUUACUGUAAUGUCGAAUUGUUGUUUAUAUGUCAAUUUACAUUGGGCCUACACAAAUACUGGUCAAGGUAGAAGUCUUUAAGUACCUUUCUUGUUUAAAGCUUAACAUAAAAAUUCCAGUGAGUUUCAUCACACAGUCUAUAAUUUAAAUGUUUACCAAAGUAUCAGUAGUGUCAUUAUUCAACCUGAUGUAACAAAGUUUAAGAGUAAAAUAACUUGCUAUUUAAUGGAGGUCUACUUUGCUAAACAUUAGUUAUUAUGACCAAUCACCAAUGCGUCUGCCUGAAGUUUUAUCAAAUUGUGCAUAUUAUUGAACUGUGCCAAUGAUUUAUGUUCAUAGUUUUCUUUUUGUAUUUUGUCAGCUAACUUGAUAAUUAAUUAAACCAUUCUA